AUGAUUUCAGAAUGUGCAGUUGAAGAAAUCGAUGAAAUUGAUAAAGGACUCUUUCUAGGAAAUUUAAAAGCAGCUUCGAAUUUAAAUCUGCUUGCCAAACAUAAAAUCACCCAUGUAGUGGUUUGUGGAAAUGGCCUUGAAAAAUAUUUUCCAGCAAAUUUCAGCUAUUGCCAAAUAAACAUAGAAGAUGUAAUCGACGCAGACAUUGCGACACAUUUCCCUGAAACAAGUAAUUUUAUUGAUACCGCUCUAAAAAAUAAAGGAAGGGUUUUCGUACACUGCGUCAUGGGAAUCUCAAGAAGUCCAACGAUUAUAAUUGCAUAUUUGAUGAAACACCGCAAAAUGAAGCUGCAUAAAGCAAUUCAAAAAGUCAAGAAAAAACGCUUCGUUGUUAACCCAAACAUAGGAUUUUUGUUGCAGCUUAAACAGUUUGAGAAGACAAUUGAGACUGAUGAAACGGGAUGCGAAUGUAAAUGCAAUAUAAUAUAG